CUGACAGGAUGUGCAGGUGCAGAAGCGGGAGAUGGGGGCUUCCAGGCGGGUAACCUUAGAAUGUGGUGACAGCGGUUAAAAACGGAACAUAAUAAGUUUACCAUAUCAUUUAUAAUGCAAAGUAGUAGGGAGACUUUCACUUGCUGAACGACAUGAGGUUGAUUAAAUCUGUGCAAGGCGCCUCAUAAAGCCACUUGGCAUACCCGAAACCGAAUGAAAUGAUAAGCAGCCGGAGUGCAACAGAUUACCGGUCUGGUUUAGGGGAUCAUGGCUACUCCAGAGAGACUCAGCGGCCUGCUGAGAUUCAGAAACUCCUUGUGGAAUUCCGGACCCUUUACCACGAGCGCCUUCGGCGCAUUGACCAAUCGGAUGACAGCCGGGAGGAGGCUCUGCAGAGCAAGGUGGGCGUGCUGCAGUCCUUUGUGCGGGACCUGAGUGAGCAGAAUGAGGUUCUGAUCCAGGCGCUGGAGGCUGAGGAGGCGGAGGGCCGGGCGGUGGAGGGGAGAACAGCCAGCCUACACAAAGAGCUGGAGCGGCGCCUAUCCUUGGCUCUGUGCCCGAUGCCAGUGGACCUCGCGGGAACCACGGCAACGUUCCUCCGGACUCCAAGAGAAAUGGAAGACCAUUACAGGGAUGCGCAGACACACCUGUCUACCCAGGAUGCUAUACUUCAGCAGCUCAAAGAGGCCUGUCUAUCUCAGCAGGAAGCCCAGGUUAAAGUGGAGGAGCGUGAAGCCCAGGUCCAGGAGCUGCAGGACACCAUCACAGAGCUGCACCAGGAGAUGACCAGGAAGGACCAGGACAAGCUGACACAGCUGCAGGAGCUCCACCAGCUGGAGAGCAGGGUGAAGCAGCUCACUGACCAGGUCAGGAGCUCUGAGGAGACCAUUGGCCAGCUGAGACAGGAGGUGGCUGUUAGAGUGGGCAUCAGCAGCGCUACCCUGUCUGGGGAUGGGAGUACUACUGACCCGACAGGAUCCAGUCCAGUCCCACAUCUUACAGAACAGAGGGGCAGAGAACUGCUGAAGACUGAGUUAUCAUGUCGGGACGCAACCAUCCAGAGGCUCCGGCGAGAUGUGCUGCUUUCCCACCAGGCCCGCGACUCCCAGUCUGCUCAGCUGGAUGUCCAUGGGCAGAGGAUCUCUCAGCUGCAGACGGAGCUACAGGAGAGCCAACUGGAGCUCCAGAGGGGACACAGCCGAAGAGAGCAGCAGCAGAGGGACCUGCAGACCCAGACACAGCAGGCAGAGGAGCUCCACACUCAGCUGGCUGAGGUCAAAGGGCGUCUUGUGCAGGUGGAGGGAGAAAAUGAGGCACUCAUGGGAUAUAAGCGGGAGCAGGGAGCCGAGGUGGAAAGGCUGGCACUGGUGGUGUGUUCUCUGCAGAGGUCGGCCAGGGACAGAGAGGGCACAGAGAGUGUCCAGGCCGAGCGGAGGUGUGUGGACCUGGAGGGGGAGCUGACAGAGACCCGUGCCCAGCUCACGGAGUGCCAGGACAGGCUACAGGAAGCCAGGAGGAGGGCUAAGGAGCAGACCCAGAAGUUCCAGGCCAAGGUGUCCAGUCUGAAGAGCCAGCAUGGCUGUGUUAGUCAGCAGCUGCAGGAUAGCAGUGCUGAGGUGCAGAGGCUUCAGAGGUCAUUGGCUGAGCUACAUGGACGAGAGAUGGAGUGGGAGAGAGAGACAUCUGCUCUGCAGGGCCAACUGGGCCAUGCCAGAGAGGAGCUCCACAGCGCCAUCCUCAGGAGGCAGGCACAGCAGCAGAAGGAAGAGCUGUUUGGUGAGCUGCAGAGGGAGGUGGACAGACUGAAGAAUGAGAGACAGGAGAUGCGAAAAAAGCUUUGUGGUACAGAAGAGGAGCUGAAGAGGCUAAGAGACGAGCAGCAUCAGCUCAAGGACAAGGUGAGGGAGAGCGAUGUGCAGGCUGUGUGGCUGCAGAGCCAGGCUGACGUGGUGGGUCGGGAGCUGUGGGAGGAGAGUGCCCAGCGUGACAGGGAGCUCUGGGAGUGGAGGGACCGCUACCAUGCUGCUUCAGAGGGACUUAGGCUAAGGGAGGCUGGGCUUGAGGAGGUGCAGAGGGCCAGGGACACGGCCCUCAGAGGCCUGAGACUACAGGAGGAGAAGACCCACAGUCUGGGGGCCCAGAUGCAAGAGCUGCAGCACAGCCUGGACGGCCUACAGGGCAGGCUUGCCCAGAAGGAGGAGAUGGUCGUGGCUCUCAGAGUGAAGCUGCAGGACCAUGAAGAAGAUGCCCGCGUUCUCCGCCAACAGCUGCUCUCCUCCCAAGAUGCACUGCAGCAAGUUGCUGCCGAGCUGAGGUCAUGUAAAAGAGAGAGGGAGGAGCAGGAUAGCCAGUGUGUGGAGACAGAGGAGAGACUGGCUGAGAUCAGAGCUGAUCUGGUCCAACUACAGCAGCAGUAUACCACCUGCUAUGCCCAGCUGGUCCAGGAGGAGGUUGGGGUGGGCAGGCUGAGGGAGGAGCUGCGUGAGGUGAGGGAACAGAGGGACAGACUGGCCUUUCAGGUGACAGAGAACCAGGACCUGAGCCAUGACCUGGACCUGCUCAAUGAGAAACACAAGGCUGCACAGCAUGAGGUGACCAACAGGGAUGAGACUGUGCUGAGAUUGACCACAGAACUGAGCACCGCCCAGGAACACCUGAAAUCAGCUCAGGAUGAGCUGUCAGUGCAGGCUCAGCAGGAGCAGGCCCUUGGAGAGGAGGUGCAGAGGCUGCAGAAGGAGGUGAGCUGUCUCCAGGGCAGCCUGAGUCAGAGAGAGGAGGACAUGGAGGCACAACUACAGACAACUGGCCAGCUACAGCAGGAGAGGGACAGCCUGCUCACACAGCGGGACAACCAGCAGGGGGCAGUGUGUGUUCUGCGUGGGGAGCUGCAGCGGUGGCAGGCGGAGGCCCGGGCUCAGCAGGAGAGCAGGGAGGAGGAGGUGUUGGGGCUGAGGGCUGAGCUUCAGGAGACCCAGGGCAGGCUGCAGCAGUGUAGAGCAACCAUGAAGCACCUCCGCUCUGACCUGGAGCACGCCCAGAGACAGACCAGGCAGGCAGAGGAGGAGGCAUCUGAUAGGGAGAACCGUCUGUGGGGCCAGGAGGCAGAGUUGUCCAGGCUGAGGGCUGUGCUGCAGGAGGCUGAGAGCAGAGCAGCGGACACAGAGACCAGGCUGCAGCCCCUGACCCAGUCCCUGGAGCUGUACAGGGUCAAGUACCAGGCCUGCCUCACCAAGAUCUCCCAGCAGGACAGCACUCUACAGGCCCAGGACGAGGACCUGAAGGAAGCCAGGGCUCAGGUGGUGGAGCGGGACGAGCAUGUGCUGCGUCUGUGUGCCCAGGCGUUGGUGUUGCAGGGGGAGCUGAAGGCCCACUGUGCCCAGCUGGAGAGCGGGGAUGACGCCCUGAAUGCCCUGAGCCAGCACCUCCGAGACACCCAAAGAGACCUGGAGUCCAGCUGCAAACACAGCCAGGAGUGUGAGAUGGUCAUCAGCACUAUGAGAGACAACACCGCCGCACUGAGACGACAGGUGGAAGAACAGGAGGAGAGUGUGGUGAAGAGCCAAGCUGAUUUAUCUGUCUACAGAGCCAGUCACAUCCACUCUGACUCAGACUACGACUCCCAGCUCUGCCGCAUCCAGGAACUACAACAGGCAUUCUCCCAGACCGUGGAGCAGUGUGCCCAGGCUAGCCAGGACCUCAGUGUGUGCCAGUCGGAGGUUCGUCAGCUGAGAGAGGAGGUGUCCAGACUCACCCAGCUCAAGGACAGCACUGUGGCAGAGGUGCUACGGCUGCAAGAGGCUGGGAGGCAGCUCCAGGCAGAGACCAUGAUGGAGGGCCAGCGCAGGCUGGAGGAGGUGGGAGCUCAAGAGCAGAGGGCUGCCAGGCUGGAGCAGGACCUGCAGGCCGCCCACACCCAGUGUGCCAAGAGACAGCAGGCGGUGCAGAAGCGGGAUAACCUCCUGAGGCGUUCGGAGGCUGACCUGCUGGAGGCCCGGGAGACUCUGAGGAGUCGGGCUGUGGAGGUGGAGCGGCAGGCAGCUGCAGUCAGGGGCCUGGAGGCUGACGUCCAGAGGGCCAGGAGGGAAGGACAGCAGAGAGAGGCUGAGUGUGGCUCUCUCAGGACCCAGCUGAUGACCCUCAGGGAGGAACUAAAGGAGGCCCAGGGACGCUGCAGGGACAUGGCCCAGGAGCUGGCUCGUCAGGAGGAGAAGGUGUUGCUGGUGGAGGGGGGCAGCAUCGAGCACAGGAACACCUGGCAGAGCGGGUGGCAGAGGUGGUGAGGGCAGAGCAGGCCCAGAGGAAGCUACAGGCAGAGCUACGCACCUUAAAGGAGAGACUCCACACCACAGAACAUGAGCUGCAGGGCUACAGGACCCAGGUGGAGAGUCUGAAGAAGGAGGCAGGGGAAAGCAGGCAGGCCCAGCUCAGUGCUCAGCAGGAGGCCAACACACACCAGCAGGGGACUCAGCAGCUGGAGGCAGAGCUGACCACCACCAAGGACACACUCAGGACUCUACAUCAGCAGCUGCAGGAGCAGGCUGAUGCCAGCCGGGCACUGCGGGCAGAGCUGUCCCAGGAGCAGGACAGGCAGCAGGAGCUGCAGGAGAGGAACCAGGGGGCCAGGGAGAGAGAGGCCCAGCUGGAGUCAGAGAGAAACCAGCUCAGAACCAGCAUGGA